AUGGAUAGACUUCACCAAUUGGCACUCCACACCACCUCCUCCGUCCUGCCCCCUCCGCCUCCAGCACACCCGUUGGAUCCGCUUUCUCCGUUGGAAAUCCAAGCGGUGGCUGCUGUGGUCAAGAAGGAGUAUGCGGGACGUUCCAUCAUGUUCAACACCAUCACUUUGCGUGAACCCAUCAAGAGAGCCUACUACGACUGGAAGGAGCACAGUGGUCCUGUUCCCCCCAGAUUGGGGUACUACGUGCUCGUGGAAGACAAGAUCUCAGCCAUCCAGGAAGGAGUGGUUGAUCUCACCUCGUUGACGUUGAUCCAGCUGAAGAGAACAGAGGGUGUCCAGCCCAUCUUGACUCCCAGCGACUUGCAGGCCACCGAGGACGUUGUCAGAAGCGACCCUGAGGUCAUCAGACAAUGUGUAAUCAGCGGAGUGCCUGCUUCGGAAAUGCACAAGAUCUACUGUGACGCCUGGACCAUUGGUUACGACGAGCGUUGGGGUGCGUCCAGAAGGUUGCAGCAAGCAUUAAUGUACUACCGUUCCGACGAAGACGACUCCCACUACUCCCAUCCAUUGGACUUCUGCCCCAUCGUGGACAUGAACUUGGGCAAGGUGAUCUACAUCGACAUCCCCACCAGAAGAAGAAAGGUCUCGAAGCACAAGCACUCCAGCUUCCACCCCACCCACAUCAAGGACAAGUUUGGUACCAAGGAAAACCCCUCGGGAUUCAGACCAGACGACACUCCCAUCAAUAUCACCCAGCCCCAAGGUGUUUCGUUCAACAUGGACGGAAACGUCAUGAGCUGGUCCAACUUCAAGUUCCACAUUGGCUUCAACUACAGAGAGGGCAUUGUGUUGAGUGACAUCACCUACAACGACCACGGAAAAGUCAGACCCAUGUUCCACAGAAUCUCGCUUUCGGAAAUGAUUGUGCCCUACGGAUCGCCAGACUUUCCCCACCAGAGAAAGCACGCUUUGGACAUUGGAGAGUACGGUGCCGGAAACUGUACCAACCCGUUGUCUUUGGGAUGUGAUUGCAAGGGAGUGAUCCACUACUUGGAUGCUCACUUCACCAACAAGGAAGGUGAGGCCACCACCGUCAAGAAUGCAGUCUGCAUCCACGAGGAGGACGACGGAUUGUUGUUCAAGCACUCCGACUUUAGAGACGACUUCCAGACCACGGUGGUCACCAGAGGUAAGAAAUUGAUCAUUUCCCAAAUUUUCACUGCAGCCAACUAUGAGUACUGUUUGUACUGGAUCUUGAGACAGGACGGUACCAUCAAGUUGGAGGUCAGAUUGACUGGUAUCUUGAACACUUUUAUCUGUGACAAGGACGAAAGCACUGGCCCUUGGGGAACACAAGUCUACCCUCAGGUCAAUGCUCACAAUCACCAGCACUUGUUCUCGUUGAGAAUCCAUCCUAGAAUCGACGGUGACUUCAACUCAGCAGCUACUAGUGAUGCCAAGAGCUCGCCACAUCCGUUUGGUUCAGUGGAGAACGUGUACGGAAACGCCUUCUAUUGUGAAAAGACCACCUUCAAGACUAUUAAUGAUUCUUUGACCAACUUCGAAUCUUCCACCGCAAGAACCUGGGACUUGUUCAACCCCAACUCCAUCAACCCCUACUCUGGCAAGCCUGCUACCUACAAGUUGGUUUCCACUUACUGUUCGCCUGUGUUGGCUCAGGAGGGAUCUUUGGUUCGCAAGAGAGCACCUUGGGCAGUUUAUUCUACCGAAGUAGUGCCAUACCAGGACGAAAACCACGGCUAUGGAAGAUUGUACCCUUCGGGCGACCAUGUGGCUCAAUGGAGUGGUGAUGGUUUGAGAGGUAUGAGAGAAUGGAUUGGUGAUGGUACUGAGAAGGUCGAAAACUCCGAUAUUCUUUUCUUCCACACCUUCGGAAUUACCCACUUCCCAGCCCCAGAGGACUUCCCAGUGAUGCCCACGGAAAUCUUUGACCUUAUGUUGAGACCCAGAAACUUUUUCACCGAAAACCCCGUGCUUGAUGUCAAGCCUUCUUAUGCCAAGACCACCACCGAGGUCAAGGCUGGAAGUGCUGGUGUCGAUUCAUGCUCAUUGAAUAUCGAUAAGACCUCGAGAUUAGCAUUCAACGGAACCAGCGGAUCAUCCUGUUGCAACAAGUGA